AUGGUCGACACCUCAGCCAGUUUGAUUCCAUUUGCAGAGCCACCAUAUGUCCGUGGUCUCCCUUCCCCCUACAUUACGCCCGCCCACCGCCGCUUCCAACAAGCAUGUCGGAAAUUCGCGACCGAGAACCUGCUCCAGCAUGCCCUGGAGUGGGAGCGCGAGGGAACGGUCCCAGAGCAUGUCUUUCACACAUUCUGCAAGCAUAAUAUGCUGCUGCCCAACAUGCCAGCUCCCCUGCCGGUGGAUUGGCUGAAACGGCUGGGUAUCAAUGAUAUCCUGGGAGUCAAGGUUGACGAUUGGGACUACAUUUACACGGGAAUUUAUUGUGACGAGAUGGGUCGAUCUGGUCUCAGUGGGCCAAGUGGCUCCAUGAACGCUGGAUUCGCAUUUGGAAUUCCCCCAAUUGUCAAAUUCGGCAGCAAGCAACUGCAGGAGCGGUUCCUGCCUGAUCUGCUUACAGGAAAGAAGCGUGGUUGUAUCGCUAUCACAGAGCCCGAGGCUGGAAGUGAUGUCGCCAACAUCACAACAACGGCAGUCAAGAGUGCCGACGGCCAACACUACAUCCUCAAUGGAUCCAAGAAAUGGAUCACAAAUGGUAUCUGGUCAGACUAUGCUACCACAGCCGUACGAACAGGAGGCCCUGGAGCCGCAGGCCUUUCCGUGUUAGUUGUACCUUUGAAGAAUCACCCGGGCGUGACUAUGCGCCGACUCAAGGUCUCAGGACAAAUGGCCGGAGGAACCACAUACAUCGAGUUCGACGAUGUGAAAGUCCCCGUGUCCAACAUUGUCGGCCGAGAGGGCGACGGCAUGCGCAUCAUCAUGACCAACUUCAACCACGAGCGCUUGGUUAUCGCCGUCGGAGUCACCCGCCAAGCUCGCGUGGCUCUCUCUGCCGCAUUCUCCUACUGCAUGAAGCGUGAGGCAUUUGGAAAGACCCUGAUGGAUCAGCCGGUGGUCCGUCAUCGUCUUGCUAAGGCGGGUGCCGAGUUGGAAUCAAUGUGGGCAUGGGUGGAGCAAAUCCUGUACCAAUUGGUUCAUCUCAGUAAAGAGGAGGGUGACCGCCAACUGGGUGGCUUGACAGCGUUGGCUAAAGCUAAAUCUGCCAUGGUUCUCAAUGAGUGUGCCCAGACUGCCGUUUUACUCUUCGGUGGAAAUGGAUUUACUCGGACCGGACAAGGUGAAUUGGUGGAAGGAGAUCAAGCUGACCUAUCUUUAGCCAUUCUUCGGGACGUUCCCGGUGCUCGGAUUCCAGGCGGCUCGGAAGAUGUUCUUCUUGACCUUUCUGUGCGUCAAUUGGUGAAGAUUUACAAGGCGGAGGAGAAGAAGCUCUCACAGGGCUCGAAGAUUUGA